AUGGUCGAUGAUCUGAUACCGAUCAAUUCAAAUACUUUAAAAGACCCUGCGGUUGUGCUCCGGCGAUGGGUCGGACAGCGCGUUCACCCAAUCUACAUAGCCAAAACCGUCGAAACUCUUGCUUCUGCAACAAAUUCAUCCACCGAUUGGGAACGCGUUCAAGACCAUUUCAUUGCAGCCCUAAGAUCGGAAAAUCCUCCAACUACCUACUGCGCCAAUGCUGCCAGAGCUGUUCUUCAAAUGCUGGAACGUAAAAAUAUCCCCAUGACCGAUACCUUUAUCGAAUACUAUGCCGAAAUCGUCGCCAUGCCUUCCUCCAUCGGUGCUACCCAGGCCCUGUUAGGAACCUCUUCUACAUCUACAGCCAUUAUCUCCUACCCAGCAAACCGAUCUGGAUCUGCUUUCGCUCUUAUCGAAGAGUCUCCAGAUGUCAUUUCCGCAGAGGGUUGCACAGGAUUUCGCACCUGGGAAGCCGCACUUGCUUUAUCUCACCACAUUCUCGAGUCGACAUCUGAAAAAUACAGCACAAUUAUCGAGCUCGGCGCUGGAACCGGGCUUGUGGGUCUCAUUGCCUCCACACACUAUGCACCUCAAAUAGUUAUGCUGACUGAUGGCGACGAAAACGUGGUCAAUGUACUUAACGAAACGCUGACCCGCAAUGCUCAAACUUUGUUGGUCCCUCGAGGAGUUAGUACUGCGGAUGCAGCUUGUGUUUUCUGGGGAAACUCAAGUCAUCUCGACCUCCUCUUUAAUAAGACCAAAAUGGCUCAAUCUGGUCGUACUUUGAUCCUUGCAGCAGAUGUCACAUACGACCCUUCGGCGGCUUCAGCUCUCGUUGACACUCUCGCGAAAAUGAUUAACAAUUACGGUAAAAACACUACUGACGUUUUGCUCUCGGCAACAAUCAGAUCAAAGGAAACCUUCGACACUUUUGCAGCAGAGUGUAACUCCCAUAAGCUUAGAAUGACAGAAAUCCGCAGGUUUGAUCCUCCAGCUGAGUCACAAUAUUACUUCAUACCACCAUCUUCCCCACCAAUCUGCAUUUACAGUCUCAGAUACAUGUAA